AUGUCCAGCCAGCAGUGUCUUCGCCGUCUACCAGCGGCUAUGCGCUCUGUGCGAGCUUUGCGCGCAAGCCCACGAGCCAUCCCAGCCGCGCGCAGCUAUUCCGCCAUCUCCAAGGCGAACUCCUCUGGUCUCCUCGCCCAAGCUUCAAGACGGCCUGGACAGCUUUCUUCACAACGCCUAUGGACCCUCGAGCAGACAAGAAGCUAUGCCGACACCAUCGUCAAGGUGCCCGAGAUGGCUGAGUCGAUCACAGAGGGAACCCUGAAGCAGUGGUCAAAACAGGUUGGCGACUACGUUGAGCAGGAUGAAGAAAUCGCGACUAUCGAGACCGACAAGAUCGACGUCGCCGUCAAUGCGCCCGAGGCUGGUACUAUCAAGGAAUUCCUCGUCAACGAGGAGGACACCGUCACCGUCGGACAGGACAUCGUAAAGCUUGAGGCCGGCGGUGCCCCCGCUGGCGGAAAGAAGGAGGAGGCCAGUGAGCAGCCCAAGGAGCCUGCGUCCAAGGACCAGGAGACUUCGUCGCAACCCGAGGGCCAGCAAGAGCAGUCUCAGCCAGAAGCGCCAAAGGAGGAGUCGAAACCAGAGCCUCCCAAGCAGGAAGAGAAGCCCCAGCCGCCCAAGCAAGAAUCCAAGCCUGCACCUCCCAAGAAGGAUUCCAAGCCCGAGGAGACCAAGCCGGCUACACCUGGCAGCCGUGAGGAGCGCCGCGUCAAGAUGAACCGCAUGCGCCUCCGCAUCGCCGAGCGCUUGAAGCAGUCGCAAAACACCGCCGCCUCCCUGACCACCUUCAACGAGGUCGACAUGUCCUCCAUUAUGGAGUUCCGCAAGCUCUACAAGGACGAGAUUCUCAAGAACAAGGGCGUCAAGCUCGGUUUCAUGUCCGCCUUCUCGCGCGCCUGCAUUCUCGCCGCACGCGACGUACCCGCUGUCAACGCCUCCAUUGAGGGCCCUGAUGGCGGCGACACCAUCGUCUACCGCGACUACGUCGACAUCUCUGUUGCCGUCGCUACCGAGAAGGGUCUCGUCACUCCCGUCGUCCGAAACGCUGAGAGCUUGGACAUGGUCGGCAUCGAGAAGGCCAUUGCCGACCUCGGCAAGAAGGCGCGCGACAACAAGCUCACCAUUGAGGACAUGGCUGGUGGCACCUUCACCAUCUCCAACGGCGGUGUCUUUGGCAGUCUGAUGGGUACUCCCAUUAUCAACCUUCCCCAGACCGCCGUUCUCGGUCUGCACGCCAUCAAGGAGAAGCCGGUCGCUAUCAAUGGAAAGGUCGAGAUCAGGCCGAUGAUGUACCUUGCGCUCACAUACGACCACAGACUGCUCGACGGAAGGGAAGCUGUCACUUUCCUCGUCAAGGUCAAGGAGUACAUUGAGGACCCCAGGAAGAUGCUCUUGUAA